UGGACCGGAAUAGAGGGGCUGCAUGGAGCGCCCUCACAGAGGACAGGUCUUUGUUCCUGUGUUAAAUGCUUGAGUAGACACUGUAGUACUUCAUUGUCAUUAAAUCAAAAUAACAAACAUGUCCUCUGUGAGGGCGCUCCAUUCAGGCCCUCCAUACUGCUCCGCCCACAGACAUGCUAUAAAUGUAACACAUAUCUGUGGCUCCGCCUCAUCACAGAUACAGAUUUGUAUCCACAAGAAAAAUGACGUUGGCAAAUGCUGUGGCAUAUAUACCAUACACGGACAUCCCUCUUACAAUGCUUACCAUGAGGAUGAACAUCCAGUCCGACUUGUGGGUGGGGACUCGGAGACAGAAGGGCGGGUUGAGAUCCUCUUCAAUGGCCAGUGGGGAAGUGUCUGCAGUACAGGUUGGGAUGCGGCCGAUGCCAGUGUCGUCUGUCGACAACUGGGCCUCUAUGGCCAGGGGACCGGUCAUGUGUUGAUGGAGAAUGUCGCUUGCCACGGAAAUGAGAGCCGGUUAAGUGACUGUGCAUUUCCAGCAUGGGGUUCCACGUGUAAAAAUCAGCAUGUAGCAAGUGUGUCAUGCCAAAUAGCUGAAGAUUUCCCAAUUCGUCUGGCCGGUGGAAGAACAGAACAAGAAGGGCUGUUAGAGGUACUUUUCAGAGGCCAAUGGCACGUGCUGUUCAUCAGCCGGUGGACAGCCUCUGCGAGCAGCGUCGUUUGUUGGGAGUUGGGCCUGCCCGGGCCUAACAUGUCCUACACCUUGCUCCAGAGAAAGGAAGGACAGCCCACACCUCGGUGGGUUUCGCUGAUCGAUGUGAGCGGCAACGGAAACGAAGAGAAGCUGGUAGACUGUGCAACGUGGAGUCUAGGGACAAAUGGGGCAAAUCUGUAUCCCUUGAACUAUGCAGUGAGAGUGUCCUGCCAGAUAGGUUAAGCCCAGUUACUUUCUCUCCCCCUCUUUGACCAAGUGGUUAAACACUGUCAAUGUAAUUACAGUCAUCAGCAGAAAAACUCAAAAUGCUCGGUCAAAACAAAUGAAUCGUAAAUUUUAAGGACUUAGUUCAUGUACUGACAGACAGGACCACUGUAAACGAAAUCUUAAAAAGCUUUUUAGUAGUUCUUGGGGGAAAAGCAGUUUUAUAUGCAUUUCAGGCUCACACUUUGUCCAAUGACAGACUUGAAGGGGGCUGGUGAUGCCCACCUCAUCUCUGAUUUUGUUUUUUCCCUGACAGCUUCGUUUAUGUCCCUUUAGCCGACCCAUUGAUGGAUUCAGGAGGCCAUGUCCCUCCCCCAAAAAGGGGGCCAUAAGUUAAUUUGUUUUCUGAGAUGGCAUUUUGAUGUCCUUCCUUUCCACAGUAUUUACAAAAGGUCUAAAAUUUAGCCUCACUGGUCAGAAAGGCUAUUAAAGGCUUCAUGUGGAAGUCUCAAAUUUGAUCCAACUCUCUCCCACCAGUUGAUUUUCUGUGUAAUUUUUGGAUUAUUCAUAUUGAAUACUCU